AUUAACCCUAACGCCAUCACUCAGUCGCACGCGAAAAAUCUCCCCUCUUGCAAAAAUUCCGGAGAAAACGUAAAAAAAGACCAUAAAAACAUUGGCUCGCAGCCGUACUGGCUCUCCGUUUUCGCUGUGAGAAUAGAGAGGGGAAGCCAUUGGAACAAAGAGAACCAAAUACAAGCCAUGGUUGGAGGUUUUUCGUAGCAGUUGAACAAAAAUGUGACAACAACUUGCUGAAGGAGUAAAAAUAUGUGAAUAAUCAGGGAUGAUUUUGUGGAGAAUCAGGAAUUUGGUGUUACAAUUGGAGCCGUGAGGAGUGCAACUUCCAUCAACAUUUGUGGCAUGAUUCCCGAGAUUCAAGAAGAAAAUUAGCAGUAUCAACAAGUAUUAAGAAGCAAAAGUGUCAACCCCAUCAGUCUGUGUUCGAACAUGGACCGUGUAUGCAGGAUAUGUUUGACAGAAGCAACGAAUUUAACACCGAUAUUCUGCACUGGCCAAGAACUAGACGAUCUCUCCGGUCUACCCCACAAAAUCCAGCAGUGCGGUGCAAUAGAGAUUCACGAGAGAGACGGACUCCCCUCGCUGAUCUGUGAUGUAUGUAUUUAUAAAGCGAACGUUGCCCAUGAAUUUCGCCAGCAGUGCCAGCAUUCAGACGCCCGACUGAGACUGUACUACGACAAGCCACCACGUACAGAUCCCAUCGAGACAAGUACCCAGACAGACUCGCAGAUUCGAAUACUAGUGGCGAAAAAAGUGGACUGCCAUCAGCAGAAUUACUUCGUUAAAGAGGAGAUGCAGAAUAUGGAGCACGACCUGACGAAUUCGAUAGAUGUUUACACGCAGAAUCAUCAGGCUGUGGUCGAGACGAGCCCAAUAGACCCUGAGGAUAAACUAUUCUUGUGUCAAAUCGGUUUCGAUGGCUCCAAGGAGAUGGAGAAGGACACUGUAAUCCUGGAGGCGGACCCUGACGAGGUCCAGUGCUCCCCGAGGGAGACCCAGGUGCUCCUGGAGGUGCCAAACGACGUGCAACAGCGCCUCCAAGAGACAGAGCACGCAAUAACCGAGAUAAAGACGAGUGAAGCAGCCCAGUACCUCAACGAGCACUUGUUAACCUCCACGGCCAGCCCAGAUGAGGAGGAAGAAGAGGGGAUUGGAGUUGAUGAUACUCUGGAUGCCGAUGAUGACGACAUCAUGGACAGUGAGCAUCCAGAGCCAGACCCUGAACCAGAGCCAGAACCAGAGCCACAGCCCCAGCCGGGGCUACAACCAGAAUGUCAACAAGAGCCAGAGCAAGUGCAGGAGCAGGCGCUGGUUGAGACCGAGGCACUGCUCCCUGAGAUGAUUCUCCCCAGGAGGCCCACCAGAAAAGCAAAACCGAGUCCAGGAAAAUCGUACAGUGUCGACGAGCUCGACGGUGAGUUCGAGUCUCUAGGGGACGACGAUCACGACGCAGAAGAGCCAAAAUUCAAGUGCAAAGUCUGUCAUAAGAAGUACGCAACCCUGAAAGGCCUGAAGAAUCACUCCCAGGUGCACGAUAAAAAGCACAAGUGCCCGACGUGUUCAAAGUUGUUUUAUAAACUCGAGAACAUGGAGAAGCACAGUAAAAUUCACGAGACCAAGCCCCACGCUUGUCAGACAUGUCACACGUCAUUCGCGAAGCCACAGAGUCUAGUGAGACACAUGAAGACUCAUGUGGACCAGCAAAUGGAGGACUCUAUGAACGACGCUGGCUAUAAAAAGGUGUCGAAGCUUGAUAAUUCUGAUGACGAGGACGAUCCCCAGGGAAACGAGCCAGAUGAAUUCGAGAAUGCCCCUGGACUCUACAAAUGCGACAUUUGUAACCAAUUCUGCUCGUCCCUGAAGAACCUGAAACGCCACGCCCUCGUCCAUGGUGAGAAAAAGUAUUCGUGCACAGUCUGUAAAAAGUGGUUCUUCAGACCAGACACACUGAAAAAACACGCUGAGAAACAUGGUCACGGUCUUUUGGACAAUUUAGUCGACGAGAACAAAUUAUUCGACUCUGACGAUGACUCCCCCACUCAACCUAUGUACAAUGUAAACGAUAAUUCAGGGAAACGAGAGGAGAGCGAUGAGGACUAUGGAUCGGGCGAAUACAAAUGUCAGCACUGUGACAAAGUGAUGGCCACGAUGAAGGGUUUGAGAAGACAUUUGUCGUGUCACAAGCCGAAAGCAGAGCCAGUGGUCUGUGAGGUUUGUAAAAAAGUUUGUGCCAGUCGGGCUAGAUUGGCUCUCCACGCGAAGACUCACAAUAAAUCAAAGGAAAAAGUUCCGAGGGAGUAUCUGUGUCAUAUCUGCAGCAAAGUAUACCCCAGUAAUUCGUCGUUGACGUAUCACAUGAGGACACACACGGGGGUGAAACCGCACGUCUGUAAAAUCUGCAACAGUGGAUUUACGACGACAACGAGUCUGGCUAAUCACAUAAGAAUUCACACAGGUGAUAAACCAUUUGUCUGUCACGUAUGCAGUGCUGCUUUUGCUGUGAGCUCGGCCUUCAGGAGACACUUGACUCGACACACUGGAGAGGCGAAUUAUCUGUGCAAAACGUGUGGCAAGGCGUUCAAACGUCUGAGCACUCUUAAAGAGCAUACUUAUACGCACUCGGGGGAGAAACCGUAUGUUUGCAAGACUUGUGGAGCUGCUUACAGCCACUCUGGGUCCCUCUUCGCGCAUCAAAAACGCUGUCGAGCGCAGUAUGGGGAGCUAGUGCCUGAGGAGCAUCAUAAUGUCGUCGCUCAUCAUAUUCAUGUUAAUAAUGUGCAGACUGCUGUGAGAUCACUCGCUGUCAUUGGACAAAUAUUUUAAAAUCACGAGUUUUAACAUCUGUAGAUAUUAUGAACCUCUUUGGGGAUUAAAAUUCUUUGAAGGGGUUACCAGUGUCGUACAAUUAAGGUAUUGGAUGCCGAAUCGCUGCCUCAAUCCCGAACUAUAGCCCAGUGCAUUGUACAAGGCUUGUAUUACGUGGGAUAAAUCAAGAGAUUGGAUGAAUUAUGGAUUUUGUACGAUUCUUCAUUCAACAAAUUUUAUUCAUCUGAUUAUCAUCAAGUCAUACUGAUAAAUGACUGAAUUUAUUUUACGAUUGAUUGAUUUUUUUUAGUAUUAAAAUAAAAAAAAUUGUUGGAUACUGUGAAGACGAAAUUAGAGAGUAGUAUGGAGUAGUGAGUACGUUAUUAGGAUUACUGUAGUUGGUUAAAAAAGCUGUUUGAUACGAGAGUCAGAAAGAAUUAUCAUUGUAUGCCUCUUUUUUCUAUAAACGAAAAUGCUUGAAUAAUUA